GACAUCAUCCCACAUCGGCUCUACACCGUCCCCAACCUCUCCGUCCCGCGCCGCCGCCCGCCACUGUUCUCGCGAUCUCGCCGGCGCUCGCAGAGGACUCGUCGUUUUCUCGGCCAUGGCGUCUCCACCACCUGCCCUCGAGAUCCUAGUGCGCGAGCCCGACGGCUUCUCGGUGUGGUCCGGACCGCCUUACCCUCCGGGCACCACCAGCCCGUCGCAGAGGCUACCCAAGACGGCGUGCAGCGCCACUUCCUUCUCGGCCGACGGUGCCCGCCUCCUCGCUACGGUGGCCUCGGCCUCGGCUACUGUUUACGACUGCCGCACGCUCGCUGUCGUCAAGUGCUUCGAGCUCCCGGGCCUCCUCGCCGCCGCGCUGUCGCCCACGGGGGCGUAUCUGCAGACCUUUCAGAAGUCGUCCUCGCCGCAGGAGAAGAAUGUCACGGUCUGGCAAAUCGACACCGCCGUCGCCCUCUACCAACACUACCAGAAGAGCAUGUCUAAGGCCACCUGGCCAAUGAUCCAGUUUUCUGCGGAUGAGUCAGUCGGUUGCCGGAUGAUGCCUAAUGAGAUACAAUUCUUCGAUCCAAAGGAUUUCACAAAAGGGGUUUUGAGUAGGAUAAGAAUGCCUGGCAUAGCUGCAAUGCAGCUAGCAACUGCACCAGGAUCUCAUGUUGCUGGAUUUGUCCCAGAGGCUAAGGGUGUUCCAGCCAGUGUUCAGAUAUUCUCUUCCAACAAGGAUGCACAAAAUCAAGCUGUUGCUCGCAGGAGUUUUUUUCGUUGUUCCACUGUUCAAUUACACUGGAACAAGGGGUCUACUGGACUACUUGUUCUUGCUCAGGCUGAUGUUGAUAAAACCAACCAGAGUUACUAUGGUGAAACCAAGUUGAACUACUUGACAACUGACAGGGCCUUUGAAGGAAUUGUUCCUCUUAAAAAGGAUGGACCAGUGCAUGAUGUUCAAUGGUCUUCUUCAGGCUCUGAAUUUGCUGUGGUUUAUGGAUUUAUGCCGGCCAAGGCAACAAUAUUCAACAAAAAGUGCAACCCUCUUCUUGAGCUUGGUGAAGGACCUUACAAUACCAUAAGAUGGAACCCCAAAGGACGAUUUAUUGUGUUAGCAGGAUUUGGUAAUUUGCCUGGUGAUAUGGCGUUCUGGGAUUAUUCAGAAAAGAAAUUGGUGGCGAAAACAAAGGCAGAAUGUUCUGUCACAAGUGAAUGGUCCCCUGAUGGUCGUCACUUUAUGACUGCUACUACAGCUCCAAGGCUCCAGAUAGACAAUGGGAUAAAAAUAUUUGACCACAAUGGAUCUUUGCAGUUUAAGAAGAUGUUUGAAAAGCUGUAUCAGGCUGAUUGGAAGCCCGAAGCACCUGAAAGAUUUGGUGACAUUACUGACCUGGCAACUUCUUUGAGCAGCUUAAAGAUUGAAGAAACAAAGAAACAAGCACAAGGUUCCAAAUCAGCACAAACAUCAAGCAAGGCCCCUCCAACUGCAAGUACAGCAUCGAAACCUACAGCAUACCGUCCACCUCAUGCAAAAGGUUCUGCAGAAAUUCAGGAUAAGCUUUUUGGUGGACUUGCUCCUACAGGGGGAGAGAUGAGCAAGAAUGCAUUGAGAAACAAGAAGCGCAGAGAGAAACAGAAGGAGAAAAAAGCUGCUGAAGGGUCGGGCGCUGCUGCUGAUGAAAGCUGAUCCCCUGGUUCUAUUCCAUUAAUUUACGGCCACCGAGCGUGACUCAUACAGCGACAAUUAAUUUUUUUUCAAUCCGGUGAAAUGGCCGUUUGUCUCGUGUAUGUAUUGGCGUUUACGCUGUUUAUGAAACUGAUCAUAGUUUGGCACAAACUGUGGCAAAUUUUGAUAGAAUUGUAUUGAGGAUUUGUACUAUAAACAACCAUAUCGGACUGGCAGAAGUGAGCCUAUCUCAUUUACGUUCUUU